CUUCCUCAGAAGCAGGUCCCACUGUGUACGGUGGAACUUACUCCCGAGUAAGUGAACGUGGGGUCGUCGCAGCCCAAGCCUACGAAAAAGAAAGAGCAACUGUCCAUCGCAAAGCGGGCAAGGGAGCUGCCGGACUUGGAAGCAGCAGAGACGGAGAAAGGCGAGAGAGAGGCUGGCAGCCGAAGCACCGCGGGCUCUUUACCCCGCUGCCGAGAGCGCGCGGCUGGAGGGAGGGAGGGAGAGAGGGCGAGGGCUCCCGCUACGGCAGGCCGCUUCCCCGCCGCUACCCGGACGGAGGCCCCCGCCAUGGCCAAGCACGUUUUCCUGACGGGACCGCCAGGAAUUGGAAAAACAACACUGAUCCAGAAAGCCACUGAAGUUUUAAAAUCAUCCGGUAUCCCUAUUGAUGGAUUUUAUACAGAAGAAGUGAGAGAAGGUGGCAGGAGAAUAGGAUUUGAUGUUGUCACUCUGAGUGGAAGAAGAGGAAUUUUGUCUAGAGUUGGCUCUGGUCCUUCCACAGCAAGGCGUGAAUACCGCGUUGGCCAGUAUGUAGUGGAUCUAAUAUCAUUUGAACAGUUGACUCUUCCUUUGUUGAGAAAUCCUGAUCUUGGCAGUAGCACAGUGAAAAAGGUCUGCAUAAUUGACGAGAUCGGUAAAAUGGAGCUCUUCAGCCAGUCCUUUAUUCAAGCUGCCCGUCAAAUUCUGAUUGGAUCAGGAACUGUGAUUCUUGGAACAAUCCCAGUGCCUAAAGGAAAGCCCUUGGGGCUUGUGGAGGAGAUCAGAAGUAGAAAGGAGGUGAAGGUCUUCAAUAUUACAAAGGAGAAUAGAGACAGCAUUUUGCAAGAUAUUGUGGCAGCUGUGCAGAGCUGCCUAAAAUGAUGUGCACCAUUUUAUGUGUUCUUUCCAUCCCAGUGCAACCUCCAUCUUUUUCUUUUUCAAAAUAAUGUUUAUUAAAGAUUUUCCUCAUUUACAAAA